AUGGCGCCUUCAAAGUGGGACGAUGAAGAGGAGAGUACACCCCCCUCCUCCCCUCCUCUUGUUUCAACAACGACACAGAGACGCAAGUUCGAUGACGAGGAGGAUAGCGAUGAUGUAGUCGACGACUGGGAAGCCGCCGAAGACUCCGAAGUCGAGCGCGAAAAGGCUGCCAAAGCCGCCGCAGCGAAAGCAAAAGCCGAAGCCGAAGCGGCUGCGAACAAGAAAUCCAAAACCCAACGGAUACAAGAGCGCAAGGAGCAACGGCGGCACGAACAACUAUCCAGCGACGACGACGAUGAUGAUGACGAUGAAGACGAGGCCGCCGUGCGCGCCCGUCUCCGGCGCACAGAGAAGGACGCAGACCUCGCCCACGCCCAGGACCUCAUUGGCGACAUCGACCUGAACCGCACCCGCUCCACCAUUCCGAAAGCCGCCGUCGUCAUCGGCGACAAAUCUGACCCGACCAAAUCUAUAGACCUCUCCGCCAUCCCCCUCUUCAAGCCGGGGACCAAGACGCAGUUCGCAGAGCUGACCGACGCGCUGAUCCCGCUGCUGACAGCCCAGUCGAAGAAGCCGCAGUAUGCCAUGUGGGCUCAGGAUUUCGCGAAGAAGCUCGUCAAGGAGUUGCCGAGCGGGGAUAUCAAGAAGAUAGCGAGCGCGUUGACGGCCGUGGGGAAUGAGAAGCUGAAGGAGGAGAAGGCGGCGGAUAAAGGGGGGAAGAAGAGCAAGGCGGCCAAGACGAAGACGAGCGUUGUGGUUGGGAGGGAUGUUGGGGGCGCGCGCGGCGCUGAUCUCACGGCGUAUGAUGGGGAUGAUUUGGGUGAUGAUGACUUUAUGUGA